AUUAAUUUCAUUUUGUCAUUCGCAAUACAUCUCGCGAGGCCAAUGUAGUGAUCGAGACAGAAUGAAUGUAAACACGGUUGACAAUUUCAGCUUCGAGAGAUUAUCAGGAAAUGAGGCGGUAUGGUACCCCGUAAUAUCAUACGCCAACAACGGCGACUGCCAGAGGGUAUAUUUUACCGUGUGGGGUGCUUUACCCUUAUCCACGGAAAUGGAUCACCUAUGGAAAAAUGUAAGCUCCGGUGUGUGGCAUAGAAGGCAAGGUCGAGUAAUAUGGGAUGAGUCUUAUUAUCCUUACGGACUAGCAGUACUGAGGGUGGAAUACCCCGAUGCCGCGGAUGUAAUGGUAUAUAGAGUUAUUGGAUUAGAGGAUGAUGAAUUCGCCAUUUUUUACAGAUGCGUUAAUGUAAAUAGAAGAAACAGACAGGGUAAGAAUAAUCAUAUCUAUGUAAAUGUACAUGCAGUUCCUUUAUAAAUGACCGAGAAACACAUGAGUUCGAUGUAUGCAACCAACAAUACAAGAUGCACAAAAUCAAUUCAAAUAUCCCUAGACGAUUUAUGAAAAUCAUUAGAGAAAGUUGCAGGCAGUAGGUAUUUUAUGAAAUGUCAAAAUAACUAAAAUGUUUAGUAGUAUCAUAUAAAACAGGAAUAAAUCAAAACGAAUAAGAGAGACAGAUAGACCGAGUUAUUUAAUAUAUUUAGUUAAUAGAAUAGGUAGUUAGUGUUAAUCCGAUACUAUCGAAAGUCACAAGGAAAACGAAGCAAGGACAAAAUUGGACGAUUUCAGAGAUAAUAUCUACUAAUAACUUUUGGCACAUUCUUUGAAAUUUACUCUUUUUAGUGUGACGAAUACUUUUUUAAAUCAGAGGCAGUUCUCAUUAUUUCUAUCCUCCAUAGUAGUAAACUAGUAACCAGAUUCAAAGCGUAAAUCUCAAAUCAACUAGUAGGUACACUAUCGGUUACUAAAAAUGAGGUUACGUGGCUCUCGAUCAUUUACGAAAGCACUAUAUAUGUUACUUUGAAAGCUGUAAAUCUGAGGAUGUAUCUACAUGAGUUGGCAAUGUAAGGACUGAUUUGAUAAAGAAAUGAAACUAUUUUUCGAUCGUUUACCGUCAUAGGUUGGUGCAUGCUAGAUUGUGCUAAUGACAACAAUUAGUAACUGCUAUUAUAUACACUCGAAUAUAUGCGUUAGGGUAUAUGCAACCAAAUAUAUACCAGAAUUCAGACCCACCCAAUUUUUUCAAUUGUUUAUUUCUACCUCAAAUAGGUACGUAGAAAUUGCUAACUUGUAGUUAAGAAUUCUGGUUUAGCGAUAACAUCCAGGAUAUCGAAAAUAGGCUUUCAUCGUCACUUAGUUGUACAAUAUUGUACUAUCGGAUAUACCAACGCAAACCGGUGUUUUUGGCGUUUUCCCGUCACAAACAUUGUUUAAACCGCUUAAAGCCGAAUGAAAUUUUAUAAAAUAUUUGUACUUUUAAUUUUUAAUAGAACGCCUUUUCGCCAUUUCACGUAUCUUAAAGUUAACAUACCUAUAGCUCAAAGAACUUUUUGUAUAGAGUGAUGCUUUUCUAGAUCAUAAGGGAUAGGAGAUAUCAAGCCAAAAAUGUCACGAACUUGUACUCUUUUAGACUGGACGGCCAGUGACCAAACACUCCUAUCUACGCGUACAAGUCAAUGGACAUGUACAGUAUUAAAACUCAUCAGUGUACUCACCGCUCGCCCAUCAGUUACUUUUGCCUAAAAAUCUCCUCAUAAUAGAUACCAGAUUUUUUUUCUGUUUAUCUUACCUUAUUUUAUUUUUUACCUGACGUA